AUCUUUUCCACACGGAGUUUAUACCGGUAGUGACGUAACUUGUUGGGUCUUCCUUUUGUCGUGUGGGAGCAGCUUCGACCAUCAAAGAUGACUACAGCUGCAAGACCAACGUUUGAGCCAGCAAGAGGAGGGAGGGGUAAAGGGGAAGGUGAUUUAAGUGCUUUGUCCAAGCAGUAUUCCAGUCGAGAUCUUCCUGGUCACACAAAGAUCAAAUACAGGCAACCUACCCAGGAUGCCCCCGAGGAGGUUCGUGCCCGUGACUUUCGCAGGGAGCUGGAGGAGAGGGAGCGUGUAGCUGCUCGUGAAAAGACCAGAGAGAGGGGACCAAGAGAGCACACCACAUCUUCAUCAUCAUCUUCGUCCUCGUCUUCAAAGAGGCCCAGACUGGAUCAGAUCCCAGCAGCCAACCUUGAUGCUGAUGACCCUCUCACUGAUGAUGAUGAGGACGAGGACUCUGAGGACGAGAGCGAUGACGACGACACUGCAGCUCUUCUGGCAGAACUGGAGAAGAUCAAGAAGGAGCGAGCUGAAGAGCAAGAACGCAAAGAGCGAGAGCAAAAGGCAGAAGAGGAGAGGAUUCGAAUGGAAAACAUCUUGAGUGGCAAUCCAUUGAUUAAUUUGGCAGGGCAGCAACAGCAGAUGAGCCAGACUCAGAAUACAUUCAGGGUCAAGAGAAGGUGGGACGACGAUGUUGUGUUCAAGAACUGCGCUAAAGGAGUGGACGAGGCUCGAAAGGAGAAACGCUUUGUCAAUGACACACUGCGCUCUGAGUUCCACAAGAAAUUUAUGGAGAAGUAUGUUAAGUAAAUGACUUUUGUGUGUUUAUUAUAUUUUUUUUAACAUAACGUCUUUGGUCUCCGCCCUUUGCCUUCUGUCCCAGGAGUGGUAGAUGGCAUUCGUACAUUAUGUUAUCAGAUUCAUUAGUAUCUGUACAGUCAGCAGCUACAAUUCUGUGUAUAAAUGAAUUGCAUCCUUUCAGUAGAGCUUGUGCAAAGUUGAAUGCAAGUUUUAAAUGGGAUUCAGCAUUUCUGUUUGUAGUUUUUUGUUAUUUCAAUAAACAACAAUUUGCCUCACAAGAA